UUCUUUGAUUCUAAAACCGUUAUUUCGAUUUUUCUCCAUCACUUAGUCUAUGCUCUCUUUCUCUUUUACUCUUCCCCAUAAAACUCCUAUCUUUUCUCCCUUUUUUAUUUUCAAGAAACCUCUCUCUCAUACACACACAUGAAAUGGCCAUGAAAAGGAGGUUGUGGAGCCCUGUAAUUCAAUUGAUCCUGCUACGUUAUGCAGUAUCAGAGUAUAGCUUGGCCGAACUCCUCCCCAACUUUAGCAAGGGUGACUUUCCCCAAGGCUUUAUAUUUGGAGCCGGAACUGCUGCUUAUCAGGUUGAAGGGGCAGUAGCAGAGGAUGGAAGGAAACCAAGCGUUUGGGACGUUUACACACACGCCGGAAAAGUGCCUGAUAAUAGCACGGGAGACAUAGCAGCAGAUGAAUAUCACAAGUACAAGGAAGAUGUGAAGCUUGCACAAGAUAUUGGCAUGGAUGCCUUCAGAUUCUCCAUCUCAUGGUCAAGGGUUAUUCCAAAUGGAAGAGGAGCGGUUAAUCCAAAGGGCAUAAUUUAUUACAACAAUCUCAUCAAUGAACUCAUCAGCCAUGGAAUCCAACCACAUGUAACUCUAUACCAUUUGGAUCUUCCUCAGAUACUAGAGGAUGAAUACAAAGGAUGGUUAAGCCCGAGGAUAAUAGAGGAUUUCAAAGCAUAUGCAGAGGUAUGUUUUAGAGAAUUUGGAGAUAGAGUUAAGCAUUGGUGCACACUCAAUGAGCCCAACAUGUUGGCAGUGGGCGCCUAUGACACGGGUAUAUGGCCUCCUCAACGAUGCUCUAAGCCAUGGGGCGUCUCAGAUUGUAGGGUAGGAAACUCAUCGACUGAGCCCUACAUUGUUGCUCAUAAUUCAUUGUUGACACAUGCGGCCACUGCGAAACUCUACAAGGACAAGUAUCAGGGUAUGCAAAAAGGAUUCAUUGGACUGUCAGUAUACGCCUUCUGGUACGUUCCACUGACAAAUUUGUCAUGGGACAUUGCCGCAGCACAAAGAGCUCUUGAUUUCAACUCUGGCUGGUUUCUAAAGCCCUUGGUCUUUGGGGACUACCCUAAGAUCAUGAAAGAAAUCGUUGGGUCAAGGCUACCAACUUUUACAAAAGAAGAAUCUCAAAAAAUCAAAGGCUCCUACGACUACAUCGGAUUGAUUCACUACACCACAAUGUACGCCUCCGAUGACAAAAGCCAUACGAAAACAGGACUUCGAGACUAUGAAGCCGAUAUGUUCGUCAAAUUUUCAGUAGAAUGUUAUGCUAGAUCCCUGGUGUAUUGCCCGUUGUUCCGUGGGGGCUACAAGGGCUAUUGGAAUAUGUCAAGCGAACUUACAACAAUGCUCCGGUAUUUGUACAUGAGAAUGGUAACUCUCUCUCUUUACUUCUUGUUUGAGAAAUUUCGGAGAACCAACCUCGACCCCCCCUAUACAAACUGGUAAACUCACCAUAAGACACAAGUUAUCCGAUUUCCAUUUCGAGCACACUACCUAGUUGGGAUAUCCUGCUAUACAUCCCCUCGUAUGUAAAUUCGCUAUGUUCCUUUACAAUGUCUUUUUAUAAGAAUGGGCAGCUAGGAUAGCUUCAUUUAUAAAGUUACAAUGAAUCAAAUUUAGUUGAAUUUCUUAACAAGAUAUUCAUGAUAUCCUAUCGUUUUAAAGAAUUUAGUUGAAUUUUUUAACAAGAUAUUCAUGAUAUUCUAUCGUUUUAAAGAAUGUAUAUGCGAUGGCAACAUCGACCUUUGGAGAUCGAGGCAAACAUAUAGAAAAGGUAUUACAAAAAAGAUAUAGAGUUGAAAAUAAGAAAAACCGACUUUUGUUACAGCUAUAGUCGAGGUCAUUAUGUUUCAGUUCAAAAUGAGGAGUUGAGGGCCCUUUGGAAAUUACAUGGCAGCUCUUCAAAAGGAACAAGUGACAACCACUCCUAGCCAUUAUAUGUAAAAUCAGGUUACUCGGAUUGUCACACUAACAAAGCUUGAAGUCCUAGAAAUUUUUCUUCUUAAGUGUACCAAGAAAUGACCUAGCCAUUCGAUUUUAAAUCCGACUAGCUUGAGUUAUUUGUGACGUUCUCAUUGUAUAAAAUCCUAAAAUAUUCUCAUCACUGCCAUUGAUGUGGAUCUCAAUAACCUGCCUAUCAUUUGAUGUGUUAUGCUUUGCCUGUUAGGUUUCGGAAUCUCGAAUCAAGAAUCUCUUCCUCUUCUAGAGGCAUUAAAUGACACUGCAAGAGUAAGCUACUUGAAUGGCUACAUUGGGAGCCUUCUAAAUGCUGUAAG